UCAAACAUGGCUAAAAUGUUUUACUGCUGGCUGCCUUUUCUGUGCCAACUCUGGACUCUACAAGCUUUGAGCCUAGACUCCUUAGUGGGUCAGAGCAGUAUUUACUAUCAGCAGGAUGCAUCGGAGCAGCUGCUGCAGCAAGUGGAUCAGCUGAAGAACGUUGAAUCACUGCAGCUGAUUGUGCACGGAUUUCUCGCCUCGCGUAGUCACAGUUCGAUUAUGCCGCUAAGAAAUGCCUACACAGCUCAAGGAUACGCUCAUGUUUUGGUUGCCGACUGGUCGCCAGCUGCCAACUUGGAUUAUCCUAGCUCAAGGCGAGCUGUUUCCAAGGUUGCCUCAGUGCUGGCUAAGCAGCUACAGCAAUUUCUGGCCAAGCACAGCGUGCCAUUGGAUCAAGUUCACGUUCUCGGCCACAGCUUGGGCGCACACAUUGCCGGCUGCAUUGGACAGCACUUUAAUGGCUCGCUGGGACGCAUAACGGGUUUGGAUCCGGCACUGCCUUUGUUUACCUCACAUUCGGAUGACAGUCUGCAGUCGAGUGCCGCGCGCUUUGUGGAUGUCAUACACACCGAUUAUCCGGUCUUUGGGGAUCUGACACCGCGUGGCCACGUUGACUUUUAUCCCAACUUUGGGCAUACUCCGCAACCGGGUUGCGAGGAAGUUGAUCUGUUGACGGCCAGCAAACUGUUGCUGGAGGCUUACAGCUGCAGUCACAAUCGUGCCGUUCUGCUUUACGCGGAGUCCAUUGGGCUGCCGAAGAGUUUUCCCAGCAUUCCCUGCAGCUGGAAGUCAAUCAGAGGCAGCAGAAGCUGUGCCGAAAAGUUGUCGGAGUUUAAUUUAAACAGAACGGAGCUGGAGGCUGCCAUUGGCAGCAUGGACGACACGCAAGUGGUGUACAUGGGCGAGCAGGUGGCACGCAGCGCCACCUCUUAUUAUUAUUUGGAAACCAAUGCAGCGCCACCUUUUGGUCAAGGUGUGCGUGCCAAGUUUGCUUAAAAUGAAACUUGGCGUGCAUAUGACAGCUGAUGUACUAUAGAUGGCGCUGUCAUGGCAAGCAGCUUUGGCUUGACAACAACUGCGCGUGGGGUUGCGAAUAAAAGCUGGUUGUUAUGUGAUUGCGGGCUGUUUGAAAUAAGUAAUUUUUAAAGCGGAUGAAUAAAUAUUAAUACAAAUUAAUAAUAAAUAACAUUA